UACUCAUAACCAUUUUUAGUUUUAGUAAACGGACCGACACAAUCACAAUGAAUGGUGUCAAACGGUAUGGGUUUCUUCUCAAUCAAAUGUAACAAACCUUGUUUAGGACCCGUAUGACGUUUCGCGACAGUGCAGAAUGCUGGCAGCUAAUAAUAAAAGAAGUGAACGUGCCAGCAACGGUUAAGGUUGAUACCGACUACGUGAUCUUGGAUUGUGAUUACGAUCUUCAAAACACGCCAGCAAAAGGAUUAGUCGUGAAAUGGUUUUUCAACACCAACGAAGUGGCUUACCAAUGGAUACAAGGCAGGGUACCUUUAGCUGGAGAUAUCACGCGACACUACGUUGAUCUAACGUACAAAGCCAGCGAUGAUCCGUACACCGAGUACCGAGCCAUGAAAUUGAAUAAGCCUGGUAUCGACCUUACCGGCGAAUACACGUGCGUCAUAUCCACUUUCGCGGACGAGAUGUCUGCAAGUGCCCCCAUGAUUGUGUAUUCGACGGAGAAGAAAUUCGAGCUUGUGUAUAGGAGGAAGGUCAUAGAUGAUAAAGAUGGAGUGGAAAUAUCGUGUAUAGCUGAAGGACUAUAUCCAGAACCGACACUUGAUAUCUCCAUCGAGGGUGUUCCAGACAAGACGCCAGGGAAGUCCGAUCUUGCGCAUCAAGUUUGGUCUGGACUGUACGAUAUCUUAUCACGAAGGGUCAUACUGGAUGAAGAUUUACCAGGAGCAGCGAUUGUCAAAUGUGUGCUCGGUAUACCAGCGGCAAACUACAGUGUUUCUCAUGAAACUGUCUAUUAUCCCGGAACGCCUACUACUACUACAACUGCUACAACGAUGCUGGAACACAAAAUGGAGAUCCAAGAGCCAGACAACUCAGAGACUGGCAAUGGUGGUGUACAGUAUGAUUUGUUACGUAGCUGCUUAUUAAGGCGAAGAGUGGAAGGAAAUACGAAAAUGGUCAUAUAA